UUGUUAUAAAUAAUUUAAGAAAAAUAAUCAAUGUCUUUAGAUGGAGCCAAUGGCCUUGGGAUCCCCAACCACGACUCCUUCUCAGUCUCCAAAUAACGCAGGAGCUAAUUCAGCUUAUUUACCAGGAUUCCUGCUCGGAGAUAACAAUGUGCAAACCAGAAUAGGAGUAAUAACUCCUGAAUCGUCUCGUUUUGCGCACACAAGUCAUGGAAAUUUAAAUACUCCUGUAUCUAGUUAUUCUAAUUCUGAUAAUAGAUUAAAUAGACAAAAAGCAAUGUUUGGAGGGAGUAGCAAUUCAAGUAUAUCGCAAAUUAAUAUUGAAAAUCAUGUUGGUGGACCUCCAACAAAAUCACUUUAUGAAAGCUUAGAGACAAACCGACAGUCAUUGGGUAAUGCCAAUAACACGCCAGUAAAUAAUCAUAGUAUGAACCAAUCGAGACUCUUAGGAGCAGGAUUUUGCAAUAAUACUUUAAAUUCUCCGACCUGUGAUACACCAAUUAAUACUACGCACAACGAAUCUACGCAAGGACUACUGCAAUGGGUCACAGUUUUUGGGUUCCCUACAAGUGCUUUAAAUACAGUUUUAUCGCAUAUUUCAAGCAGAGUAAGGGUCAUUGAUAAACAUCCUGCACCACAUGCACAGAGCAAUUGGAUCCAUUUAAAAUGUUCGACUGAACAGGAAGCUCAACGAGCUCUCGCUUGCAAUGGAAAUAUUGUUUCUGGCUCCAUUAUGAUAGGUAUUAUUCCUUGCACUGACGAAGGCGUUAUUCUUGGUGCAGAUAAGGAAUUACGCUCUAGAUUAAUUACUAAUAUGAAGCAAUUUUCCACACCUGUUAAAUCAUCGUGCAUUUCUGGAUUAAAUUCUACUAGAACACCAGAUAAAAUUCCAAAUGCGCGACCAUUAGUCUCUGGUUACAACCAACAUUUAAGCCCACAAGCUGUUAGGUCACCAGAAAAUAUUCCACAUAAAGCCACAGGAAUAGUUUCAAAGACAAUUGAAUAUGUCUUUCGAUGGUGAUGGAAGAUCCUUACGUUUUUGUUACUUGACGAAUGCUCAAAUAGCAAAAUUGUGAUUUCAUAUUAAAAACGCAAUUGGUCCUUCAGUUAGAAGUUAGUCUAAUGAUUUUUUAAUGAUCUUUGGCAAUAUAAAUUUGUGUAUGUAAAUAUUAUUCUUUAACAUUAG